UUUCAAUAUUUUCACUUUUUUAAUUUUUUUCAUUUAUUUUUUUCAAAUGUGAAGAUUUUUUUCAAUUAUCACUCAGUUUUACAUCUACACAUUUUUUUCCUGUACAAUAUUUCAAACUAAUCUUAAUGCCAGUAAAUUCACUGAAUAUGCCAACUAAUCCUCAGUAAACUCACCCUAAAUGUGUACCAAUUUCUCAUUUAAUGUGUACCAAAAUAUUAUUAAAUUUGUGUAAAGUAGUGUAAAAUGUGUAAAUUAGUGUAAAUUAUUGAUAAAUGUGUAAGAUAGAGUUGAUAGAUGUGUAAAAUAGAGUUGACAGAUGGACUGUAAAUUGAGUUCGAAAAUUUUACCUACGAGGCUGUUUCAAACUUCUUCAUUCUCUGACGUGACUCUUGAGAAAUCACUCACUAAGCCUCAAAUCUCAUACUCUAACACCAGAAAUGUGUUGAGUGGUAAUUUGGAGGACUUGUUAUACGUUGACGAGUUGAGUGAUGAGGAGGCUGUGGUAUGUCUUUUACGCAGAUUUCUGCGCCAAAAAUACUUCACUUACUUCGGUAAGGUUCUUUUCUUCCUUCUGCCAGAUCGGAGUGUAAUACCUGGUGGUGUACAUUCGGCGGAUGUUUUGUCCAAUCCAGCCCAAUUUCUAUACUCUGAGUCACAUGAGUGUCAUUUGUUCUCAUUUUUAAAACAGCUUUUUACCAAUUUUAUGACUCCUGGUGGGGGUGUGAGUGUAUUUUUCUAUGGCCAAAAUGGACAGUUUUCAAUGAAUAAGUCGCUGUUAUUUCUCCUACAAAUGGCUCAAACACGAGGAGUCAGAGGAGCUGGAGAGCUGUUUGGGAGAAUUUGUGACGUGUUAAAGCUGUUGGAAAGUUGGUCAGACUACACCAAUGACUUGGGAAAUUCCAGUCAGAUGACAAUUUAUAAGAUUAACUUUACUGAAAACGGGUUAAAUUCGGUUAAUUUUAUCCCCAAUUUCGCUUCGGACUUUUCAACAGUGGUAUUAUCUGGAGGAUUUCCGGGUAAUUUGAGAUUUCCCGGUAAUUGGCGAUUUCCCUCAAUUUUCUAUGGUCUUUUGUACUCCAUGUUGAAGGGGAAGAACUUACAUUGGAUCACACAGACACUCACCACACAACAUGUCAAACAGUUGUUAAAUUCAAUUCCUAAACAUCAAACUCAAGAUCCUUUUCGUCAUAUUCACUCUUUCUCCCAAGUAAUGGAGAUGCUGAUGAGGAUUGGAUUAACGGUGGAUGAAACGAGAGAAAUUAAUAAAGUACUAAUUUCCAUAGUAUUAUUCCACCAGAUGGCCAAAACUGACACUGCUAACUCGUUAACUGAGUGGAUUGAAUUACUAUGUGACGUGUUGGAGAUUGGGCUGAUGAAGGAGUUGAAUGUGAAUCUCAAGUCUAACGACAUUGUGUUUAAAGCCGAGCUUAAAAAGAACUUAAGUCCACAGCUGUUUAGCACAGUUCCGUCAGCUCUAUACUUGAGGAUAAAACACCUUUUAUACACUAAAAUUAACCAAUUUCUCAUACUCACGGGGGGUCCGGGCACUGUAAACCCUAUCACCAGGAGUAUUCUAAUGUGUAACAGUACUGUGGAACACGCUGGAUCGGAGGAUAAUUUCAGCUCCCGUGUGUCUGAGGAGCUGUUUUUGAAUCUUUUUUAUCAGCUGGUUGAAAAGACUCUUGACUCUUCAAUCCCCUCGGAAAUUGCCCAAAAAAACAAGUUAAUAGUACAAAAUCUCACAGGACCCACGGGAAUACUCACACAAUUAACAGCACACGCUAUUAAAUUAUAUAACCAACAGGACACAGAACAUAAUAUCAACUCCUCAACACUCCACAGUCUCGGUCUGCACCAUGAAAUUGACGAUAUAAUCAAUCUAGAAUCCAAAUUACACACAAUUAAUCCAAUAUUGAGGAAGUUGUUGAAAUAUUCGAAAAAUCAAGUGUUAAACUUUGUAUUAUUUACUAAUAAUUCGUUGCAUCACAUUAUUACGCAACCAGCUCUCGCACUAUCAUUUCACUCCCAACUUCAAUCCAACGAGGCUGUGGAUUGGUAUUUCAUUUGCUGUGACACUGUAAAAGAUUUGGAGUUUGAUGAAUCUGUGGAUAAAUUACUCAAUUUCUAUACUAACCACAUUCCCAUCCUCGACAUAUGUAACAUGCAGAGGAGUGGGAACAUGGCGUCAUAUGAGUUGGAGCAGUAUUGUUCAUACUAUUUUUCACUACUAUACACUCUUACAAAUGCUAAUUUUCAUGCAAAUCUUAAACUUUUAAACGCUGAACAGUCGGUCAGACUGCUGUUCAAAUUAUUGUCAGUGGGUGAUGCCAUGUACAAAAUUGAGGGAAAUAUCCUAACAAUCAAGAGAACACUGCAAGUUAAAAUGCUAUCGCUACUGAAUGAUUAUGUUAAAAAAAAUUUGAAAGUAGCAGUUACCUUACAAAAUUGGUACAAAUCCAGGAGAAACACAGGGAUUAAAAGAGGUUUGGUUAAUAAAAUCACUCGCCUACAAUCCUUAAUUCGCAUGAAUUUAAUCAAGAAAAACAUCAAACUACAAAAUCAAGCCAAAAUCAUCACCAAUCAACUCAUCAGUACGUGUGUGUUGCGGUGUUAUGUGUAUAAGUGGUUGUGUGAUUGUGACAGUAAGACUUUGGACUUGUUGAGGCCUGAGGAGAAGCGAUUUCACGAGUUGGAGUUUGAGUACUUGCAAAAUGCUGCUGCUAAAUACAUCCAGGCGGUAUGGCGCGGAGCAAUAAUACGUAAAAAAUACUCCACGUUCAGAAAACAAAGAUUCGAGGAUUUCGCGCUAACUCUUGUACAGAGUUUUAUCCGCCGGAUACUCUCGUGUUACGAGUUGCUAAAUGUCAGAAAUGUGAAGUACACAAGCUGUGUCAUGAUCCAGUCUUAUUUCCGCGGGUACCUAACGCGCAAAAGGUAUCACAAGUUACAAUCACUCAAGCUUAUAUUAUUACCUGUUCUACUAAAGGGUACGCGAAUUUGUGGUAUGAAUGAGCAGGUAAACUUUAUAAAACUGUACAAGGACCACAAUUCCAUGUCACUACAGAUGAAAAGGUUAAUUUCAGUCCAGACUAAUUUGCCUUUUGGGUUUCUGAAGGUGCAAAAUCUCGUCCGCAUGCAUUUUAUAAGGAAACAGUUUAUCACCUUGAAACGUACUUUGGAACUGGUUUACUCAGUUGCCAUGACUAAAUGCGCCAGAAUUGAAUACUUGGAAAAGGUUAAAUCGGCAGUUAAAAUACAACGCUGGUGGAGACUAAUUCCCAAAGAUUCCAUUCCCAGGCUCAGCACAGGUUCCCUUUACUACCUAAACCUGAGGGAAAAAAAUACCGUCAGAUUACUCAGUAGCGAGUUGGCAGAGUUGGGAACAGUGAUUUACAGCUGUAACGUGACUGCAGAUGUCAGAAGAGUUUAUUUGAAUACGUGGGCGAUGGUGCCGCUGACACUGAUUAAAGCCCUAAGGCUAAUGCAAAAAUCAGCCACAGACUUAAAUUACACACAAAUGAGACCCAUAGAAUCAAUCCAAUUCGCCAUCGGUGCCUCACACUCACUCAUACUCAUCCAAACACAAAACGGUUCGUGUGUGUAUAGUUGGGGUUGGAAUGACAAGGGCCAACUGGGCAGGAAAUCGUUAUACCCACUCAAAUCCUCCGAUAAUGACUUUCUCAUCACUAAUCCUCUACAAUUCCAUAACUCCUCUGCAACAUUUAAUACUAUGGAAACAUUUAAUACUGUAGGAAAUAGUGUGGAAACACUGAAUACUAUGGGAAAUACUGUGGAAAACACUAUGGAAAACAGUGUGGAACCAGUGAAAGCGGUGGGAAAUGGUGAGUUGGAGGACUACCCACUAUACUCCGUGAUGGAGGAAAAUGUGUUGAUAGUGUCGAUAGUGUGUGGAGAUGAUUAUUCAUUGGCGUUGAGUGAUGUUGGAGUGUUGUACAGUUGGGGUGACAACAGUGUUGGCCAGUGUGGGCUGGGUCCGAGAUAUCUUAAAAUCUACCAGCCGGCAAAGUUGGACUUAGUUGGCGUCACAUCAAUUUGUGCCGCCAGUUAUCACAGCGUCGUAGUGGCAAAUGAGGAGUUUUACACCUUUGGAAAGGCGUUUGGACGUGAUAUUUUCAGACCCGUACCACUCAGAAAAUUGGUAAAUUUACAUAACCAAACGAUUAAAAAUGCCAUUUGCGCAGGGAAUCUCACACUCUUUUACACCAAACAAAUGGAUUACGUUCUACACAUACAUAAUAACCAAGUGAGUAAUUCAAAGAACAAACACAUUUCGAGCACUUCUAACACUACUAAUUCUAACACUGUAAACCCUGUGAACGGUGUGAUGUAUAGUUACCCUGGGAGUAUAGUGUGUUUGAGUACGAAUGGGAGGAUAAUUUGUGGUAUGAUAGAAGUUAAAGAUGAGUUAAAAGUGUACUUGAUGGGUUACGUAAGAUGUAUCCCUAUGGAGAAGUCAGUGGGUACAAAAACCUUAUUUGUAGGCGCUUUUAGGGAUAAAUUUGAAAAGAAAACUAAGCCCAAGUCGGUUUUAAAUGUCCACACUGGCGCUGGAAUGAGCUGUUACUUACCCGCACCAGCUGAAAUUCUGUUACCCAGAGUUCCAAACCAAAUACUGUGUGACGGGGAACAGGUCAUUUUCAUCACCAACAGCGCCGUUUACGGCGCUAGGCUCUUUAGCUUAGUAGUGGACAGUCCGGAAGACUAUGACGUGAGGGACAACUCCACAGUGGAAAUAAGACCCGGCGCUAAUGUCAAACUCGACCCCGCGCUCUACCAAUUCACACACCCGCACAAUAAAAAAAUGAAAUUACACACCGCUUUCAACACUCUCUCACACUCCAUCCUCUACGCCACCAAAUAACCCUUUCUCUCACAUUUUCACACUAAUUAUAUAAUUUUAAUAAUUUUAAUAAUAAUAAAAAUUUUAAUAAUAAUUUAAUAAUAAUAAU